GGAAAAUCCCAAUAAAAGCAAGAACACGGAAUUUCUUUUGCCGGCAAUUUUCACAUGUGCAUCCCAAGCCGUUAUAGUAUAGCACUAAUAUUCAAUCAUGGCAACAGAACUCGCGCUACUCAAACAACCUAUCGCUCUUCGCCCAGAGCACAUCGCCUCGGCCCCCACUACACUCCGCAUCAAACACAUUAAUCGGACCGGGGUUGAUUACAAAGUCACAACCGUCGCGCCUGAAGGCGCCAGCUCUUCCAAGGGCUCAGAGUCACCGGUGCUAUUCACUGUCGACGGCAAACUUACAUCAUGGAGUCAGCGACGGAUCUUCCGUGAUGCCAUCGGUCUCCCCCUGUUUGACCUUCGUCGGAAAGCAGCCGGCGUGACAUUCUUCAUUGAGAUUCCUGGCGAUGAGGACCGUCCAUUGGCCACGCUUGCGCCCAGGUCAAGUGUUUUCAAGGACAAAUGCGAUAUCUAUCUUGCAAAUGCUGCUGCGGACGGAGAGGAGGUGAUGCUCGAAGUGCGCGGGCAGGAUGUUUGGAAGAAGUGGACGCAUGUCUAUUUUAACGGUGCUCUGGUGAUGAGGACGAAGUUGGCAGAUAUGGUCGCCGUGUAUAUACCAGGGAAGCGCAUCUCAUGGGAGGUGGAAGUCGCAGAGGGGAUGGACCUUUCGCUGGCGUCGGCCAUUACGAUUUUCCUGGCUGAGAAUCUGUACAAUUCCAGUUAUCCAUCGUCGCACUCAUUCAAUGGAAAGAAGUCGGAGGAUGCUGAUCCAACAGAAGUGAUUCAUACAGCACAUAAUAAAUGAUUUAUGCAAUUGUAUAAUAAAUAGGGUCACGAUAGACAUAAGAUAACAAACAAAUUAGAUCUGACUGAUCAUGCUCUUUGACAUGGUAUCUUUCCGUGGUG